AUAAAAGAUUAAAUACAUACAUAGCAUUAUCCAUACUCACUCCGUGCUCUUACGAAGCAGGAUAACAGCGUCCAGAAUUCAUCUCAAGUUUUCAAAAACAGAAUAUGAAGCGCUUUGUUAUGCUGCUGGUUACUCUGGCGGUGGCGAAUUCAUUUCCCUUGGAAAAUGAGGAAAACGCCGCGCUGAAAACAAAGGUUUUGGGUCCCCGUGUACUAGAUGCUGGUAAUCGCAAGAUCCUUCCGAAGAUACCCAUGGUUGAAACACCUCUUACUCCACAGAGUGCUUGGGACAGCAAUGUUGGUCGGUCAUCAAUGGAUGCCAGUGUCAGCGGAGCACAAAAAAAUAGUAAACAGGAUUGGGGCAUCAAUGGUAAACGAGGUUGGGGCAUCACUGGUAAACGAGGUUGGGGCAUCACUGGUGGUUACAAUGGACGCAAUUGGGGCGUCAGUGGUAGUUAUGGGAGUAACAAUGGCAAAUCGAGUUUGGGCAUCAGUGGCGGAUUGGGGAACAAUGGCCCACCGGGUUGGCACGUCGGUUUCGGUUAUCACAAGAAAUUUGACCCACAGGUGAAUUACCUAUCGGGAAGUCAAGGUCGACGCCAAAACGGCCCACGUUACAACAUUCGGACGAAAUAAAGGUCAACGCUCCUAUGAUAUGAGGAAAUAUAAAGAAGAAAGUGUCUUAAUUUACUAAACUUUAGUAAGAAACGUAGCAUUUGGACUCGAUUUUGUAACAAUACUCAAUAAUUUUAAUGAUAAAGAAAUGGCACUAAGGAGCAAACAAAGGAUUAAAAAGGAGCAAAGUA